AUGUCUUCUGAACCUGAACAUCAGGAUUUGAUACUUGUAGAGGCAACUCCGAAACAGGCUAGAAUCUGGGGUUAUCCACUGUUGACUCUAGAUGAAUACGUUGAACGUGAGCAGAUACUGGCUAAUAUCGAUUUUACAUUAGAAAAUCUUAUAGUUUGGAUUCUAGUUUCAAAAAAAUGCAAUUUAUCAAAUGAUACUGAACCAACAAUCUAUUCACAUUGUGAAACAUACAAACGUAAAGCCUUGAUAAAAUUAUCAUCUGGACAAAUUCAAGAAGUAAUUGGUUAUUGCAUCACUGCUUUAUUCACUCCUUCUAAGUACCGAGGCAAAGGUUAUGCUGCAAAAGUGAUGGAAUUGUUAAAUGAUAAAUUAAGAUUCGAAUACAAGGCCAAGUUUGCAUACUUGUACUCUGAAAUAGGUCCUAAUUUUUAUUCUAAAUUGGGUUGGAAAAUUUUUCCUCAUAAAGAGAUUAAAUUUAAAGUUGAAGAUAAAUAUUUUGCACCUUUGAAUCAUUCUAAAUUGAUCGUAUCAAUUAAUCAAUCCAAUUUAGAAAGUGUUGUUAUUAAAGAUUGUGAAUUUAUUAAAAAUGAUUUAAAGAAAUUGAACAAGAAAAGUUUAGUUAUAUUACCUACUAAACCUGCUUUUGACUGGAUAUUUCAAAAAACAAAACUUUAUUCAAAGUUGCAUUCAGAUAUUAAUGAUCCAAGGCAAUUUGGUGCAAUGAUUUUGAAUAAAAAUAAUGAUGAGAAUGAAGAAUUACUUGAAAGAUUUAUUAUGUGGAGUCAUGAUUUUAAGGAAAAUAGAUUAUUAAUUCUUAGAUUUCGUAGUGAUUCACCAUUUACAUCACGUUUAUUAAUUCAACAAGCCAUGCAAGAAGCUAGUAAAUUUCAAUUUAAACAAAUUAUUUUAUGGAAUCCGGAUUUAAGUUUAUUCAAUAUCGAAAAUGAUUUAAAUAUCUUUGAUGGUGAAGUUGCUGAAAGGACUGAAUCUUUGCCAUAUUUGUCAUGGUAUGCGGAUGACGAUGAUAAUGUAGAUUGGAUGUUGAUUGAAAGAUAUUCCUGGGUUUGA